UUUCUCUUUACCAAAGUUCCCGCUCCUACCUCAAAAUUGGACCGUUACAUAUCUUCUUCACAUAAACAAAAGAUACAAAAUUUAUCCAUUGAGAAGCCCUCUCUCUCUCUCCCUCUCUCUCUCUCUCUCUCUCACUCUCUCGCUUUGCUGCUACAGAGAGAGGACUCUUCAAUCAAUCUUCGUAUCAACAACAUCCAAGAAAACCCAUUAACCCCAAUACCUCAAAAUUAUCAAGAACUUAAGGAAAUCAAAAAAUGGAAUCACCACCGAGAAGAAAGAGUGGCCUGAAUCUUCCAUCUGGAAUGAAUGAGACUUCUCUUCGAUUGGAUUCGAUACCGGGUUCUUCUUUUCGUGCAAUAUCAAGUGUAGCAUCACCUCGAGCAAUAUCGAGUUUAUCAUCACCGUCCAAGUCUUCUACUUGUAGUGAUAGAUUCAUACCUUGUAGAUCGUCGUCAAGGCUGCACACUUUUGGGCUUAUAGAGAAAGGAUCUCCUGUUAAAGAAGGAGGCAAUGAGGCUUAUUCAAGGUUAUUGAAAUGUGAACUAUUUGGGUCUGAUUUUGCUUCUUUUUCUUCUCCUGCAGGAGGUCAAGGAGGAGGAGGGGGGUCCGCUCUGAGUAGUCCUAGUAAGAAUAUGUUGAGGUUUAAAACUGAUCAUUCGGGACCAAAUUCUCCUUAUUCUCCUUCAAUUUUGGGACCUGAUAGUGGGGUUUCUAGUGAGGCUUCUACUCCUCCUAAGCCUCCACGAAAGGUUCCCAAAACACCUCAUAAGGUUUUAGAUGCACCAUCACUUCAGGAUGAUUUCUACUUGAAUCUCGUGGAUUGGUCCUCACAGAAUGUACUUGCCGUUGGGUUGGGUACUUGUGUUUAUCUAUGGACAGCAUCAAAUAGCAAAGUGACAAAGUUGUGUGACUUAGGACCUCAUGAUGGUGUGUGCUCUGUGCAAUGGACUCGGGAGGGCUCAUAUAUAUCCAUCGGCACAAGUCUUGGUCAAGUUCAGGUAUGGGAUGGAACUCAGUGCAAGAAGGUGAGAACCAUGGGUGGACAUCAAACAAGAACAGGAGUCUUGGCAUGGAAUUCUCGCAUACUAUCAUCAGGAAGUAGAGAUAGGAACAUACUUCAACAUGAUCUUCGCGUUUCUAAUGACUUUGUCAGCAAGCUUGUUGGUCACAAAUCUGAGGUUUGUGGCUUGAAAUGGUCUCAUGAUGACAGAGAACUUGCUUCAGGUGGAAAUGAUAAUCAGCUCCUGGUAUGGAACCAACAUUCUUCGCAACCAAUUUUGAAACUCACAGAACACACUGCUGCUGUUAAGGCUAUUGCUUGGUCACCCCACCAGAGUGGUCUUCUUGCAUCUGGAGGCGGAACUGCAGAUCGAUGCAUUCGUUUUUGGAACACAACCAAUGGACAUCAAUUGAACCAUGUUGACACUGGGAGUCAGGUAUGCAAUCUAGCAUGGAGUAAGAACGUGAAUGAAUUGGUUAGUACUCACGGUUACUCCCAGAAUCAAAUUAUGGUGUGGAAAUAUCCCUCAUUGACAAAGGUUGCAACCCUAACUGGUCAUAGUUUGCGAGUACUCUAUCUUGCAAUGUCCCCUGAUGGUCAAACAAUAGUGACUGGGGCAGGGGAUGAGACUCUCAGGUUUUGGAAUGUCUUCCCGUCGAUGAAAACUCCGGCACCAGGUAAAGAUAUUGGUCUUUGGUCAUUGGGAAGAACUCAUAUUCGGUGAUAAAAACUCUUUGCAAAAAUCAACUUAAAGUAUAUGCUGUAAAUGGAGAUACUAAAUUUUCGACACUGCCACUAUAAAUUUACGAAGUGAGGGGAUGGUAUUAUGUAUUUUUUUACAUUUGUAUUUCUUUUGUUUUUUUUCCUGUGUGGCAAUUUUUUAAGUGGGUGUUAUGCAUUUUAGGGCAGGAUUUGUAAAGUGUGUCUUCACCCCUGUUAUAUAGAUUUAGUUACAUAGUAAAUUUUAUGUAAUUGAGAACCAAAGAAAAACAACAAAGGAAAGGAAAACAGAUUCUUGUAAUUUGUAGAUAAUAAUACAAUGAUUCUUUCUCUU